GCCCUCUCCGCUGACCAAAAACAUUUGAGUCCAGACGUUUAGAGCUCCGGAGAGACCUUUUAUUUUAUUAUAUUCAUCUUUAUUUAUUAAUUAGCCCAUAGAGGUUUUUCGAAUAUGGUCUGUGGCGGCUUCACCUGUUCCAAAAAUGCGCUUUGUUCCCUGAAUGUGGUGUACAUGCUGGUGGGGCUGCUGCUGAUCGGGGUGGCAGCAUGGGGGAAGGGGUUCGGCUUGGUGUCGAGCAUCCACAUCAUAGGAGGGGUCAUCGCAGUGGGCGUGUUCCUGCUGCUCAUCGCUAUCGUUGGACUCAUCGGAGCGAUACACCACCACCAAGUCCUGCUCUUCUUUUACAUGGUGAUUCUUUUCAUCGUUUUCCUGUUCCAAUUUGGAGUUUCCUGUUCCUGCUUGGCAAUGAACCGUGGGCAGCAGGAGACACUUCUGAAUUCCACUUGGGGAAUGUUGGAAAACAAGACGAAGACGGACCUGGAGGGCCAACUGAACUGCUGCGGGCUGCUCAACUACACCUCCACCCACUUUCAGUUUGAACAGGACCUGCUGAACUGCCCCGCUUUAUGCAAAAGGAACACUAGCUGUUUCACCUGCGGGGAUAAAAUGCUGAAUCAUGCAACCGAGGCUCUGAAGAUCCUCGGGGGUGUCGGGCUCUUCUUCAGCUUCACAGAGAUCCUGGGAGUGUGGCUCGCCGUGCGCUACAGGAACCAGAAAGAUCCACGAGCUAACCCAAGUGCUUUCCUAUAGUCGGCCCCCCCUCUACACAGCGCUGUAGGUUUCAUACACACUGGUACACAUAGAAUCAUGCACACCUAGAGACAGAAACACCGGCUUACAAAACAAAACCACCACAAUACACAGAAUGGACGAGCGCACGCAGCACCUGACGUACACUGAGAAAUACGCACACGCACACACACCUCCACCUGAGACUGAGAAACCACAAGGACGACCUGGAACACCUGGAUACUUGUGUAUGAAAGGAUAACUUGUUAUGCCAAGGAGUGUGACUUGUUGGCAUCAUGACCCAGCCUUGAUUUGAGUACCAGAUUUCCAACUAUGUAACAAGGGAAUAGACAUCUCUGCAUGUUUCCUUCGCCUGCACACAGCCUCUCGGUUGAUUUUUAAUCCCACCCACACCUACCAAAUGACCAACAAAAUAACCUGUAUGCACCUUGAAUUGGUCCCUCUUGUCUCUGAUGUAGUUCCACCACAUAGAUAUCGGUAUUGGUCAGUGCUGUGGGUGAUGUGUAGAGCUGUAAACAUGUCCAGUGUGUGUUCUCAAACAGGGAAAAGAGGGAAAAUACUGGACAUGUGGUGUAAAUUAGUUUUUGAAUUGUAUGUAAAUGUUCUUUUUUUGCCACAUAAUGCCAGGAUUUAACAGGAUUAGGAAGCAAGAUUAGAUGUUAUGUAGUUGAUAGUCCUUCGGGUUCAAAGAAUAUUUAUGAACUGUAUCUGAGCCAACUAACUGUCACGAGUCGGAGAUGUUGAGAUGCCAACGGACUGCAGCCUUGAUGUUGUACAUAAACUUUUAGAAAUCAUUCUGGAUGGAUUUGACAUGUAGCUUGCCUGCAUAGUUGAGGUCUUUAAAAGGCCACAAUAAUCCACCUUUUCUGUAUUUACUAUGUUACUUUGUGUCACACCGUGAUGUAGCUUAGCAUAGAUUCUGGUACGUACCUUUACCUCCUGUGUAACUGGAAGAAAACGCGACAAAUGUAAAAAAAAAACGUGGUUUUUGCUUUGAAAAACUGGGUUAAUUCGGCCAAAACCCAAUUUUAGUGUUAAUUGUGAACGUGUGCUAUUGGUUGCAAUUAUUUUCCUUUUUUUAUAUAUAAAUAUUUUUGAAUUAUUCUUUAAUGGAAUGGUUCUGUUUUCAGCUCUUCUUUCGUUCAUCAGUGUUAAAUGCUUUGUAUAAAAAAACGUGUUAAAGGUAGGGUAGGUAAUUUUGGAGAAACCAGCUCGAGUGCGCUAGAAUUUGAAAAUACACAGCUGGAAAAAAUCUGCCACUUCCUUACAGAGCCCCUCCUCCAACACACACGAACGCGCACAUGACCAAUGAGGGCACGAGAUAAGUUUGUGCACAGAUGGAAGGCUGACAGGCAGGUAGGCCAUCCAGUUGUUAUUAUUUAUCCGGGCCGGCUAAAAUGAUUGGUCGUGCUUUUUACAGUACUACGGCUUCCACAGAUGAUAUUUUUAUGGAUUCUUUGUCAAAGCACUUAAGAUAUUCAUUGCUAUCGGGAUGUUAAGAGCAUUCCAUGCAAUAUAACAAAAAGUGUAUCUCGAGCCGGUUUCUCAAACUUACCUACCCCACCUUUAAAUGUGUUCAGGAUGUUAAUUUAAUUUAAGUUUAACGAUGCACAUUAGGCUGAGGUUAUAUUGUAGUUUUAAUGAUAUCAUUUUACUGCCUUGCUCGAUGUUUAACAUUUCCUGUUGAUAAAUCACUGCUUAUUAACUCUCUCUUUUAAAGGCGUGUUUUCUCUUUUUGAAUUGCUUUUAACUUAAGGACUAACACAAACUGUAUUUACUUGUCUUACUUGAACCUGUCAUUUUGGCCGAUAUGGAUUUGCUGCUGCUGAUUUGGAGUCAUCGCUGGUGUGAGCAAACUCUUUGACAGAUCUUAAGCAUUAUUAUGCCAUAUAUUAAACCUCACUUUGAAUUUGUGUGCCCUUGUUAUUCAAUUGUAUCUUGACUUUUUGAGACUUAAUUUUCCAAAUAAUAAAACCUCAAAUUGGAAACUGUU